AUGAGGAAACUAGAAAAAAGACAAGAAGAAGAUAUUCAAAGGAGAAUAAGAGCAUUUGAGAGGAAAGCCAUUCCAUUUCCCCAAAGACUCCGACAGAAAAAUCUAGACAAUCAGUUAGUAAAAUUCCUAGAGAUGCUUAAACAACUGUAUGUCAACAUUCCAUUCUUUGAUAUCAUGACUCAGAUGCCUACCUAUGCCAAAUUUUUGAAAGAAAUUUUGAUGAAGAAACGGAAGAUGGAAGAGUCGGAAACAUUGGCACUUAUAGAGGAUUACAGUGCAAUGAUCCAAAAUAAGCUGCCACCAAAAAUGAAAGAUCUAGGUAGUUUCUCUAUUCCAUGUGAAGUUGGAGCAGUAAAGAUCAACAAAGCCUUUUGUGAUCUCAAAGCCAGUGUUAACCUAAUGCCGUUAUCUAUCUUCGAUGGACUCAAUAUUGGAGAGCUCAAACCAACCCUUAUUGUCCUACAACUAGCCGAUCGUUUUAUCAAAUAUCCAAGUAGAAUUAUAGAAGAUGGCCUAGUCAAAGUUGGCAAAUUCUAUAUCCCAGUGGAUUUCGUGGUACUAGAGAUGGAAGAUGAUGCAGAAACGCCCAUCCUUUUAGGCUGA